CAAAAGUUGUGGUGAAAGUAGAGAGACCGAUUAUUGCGCCAAAACCAAAGGUGUGUCUCCCCUCUCCUCCCUCGUCUUCUUCAUCCGAUUCCCUUACAGACUCUCAACUCCUCCCCGUCGCGAUCUCAUCACCGUCUAUUUACAACACGAACUCUACGACAACAUUUCCAGACACAUCAAUGGAUCCACCUGUCUCAGAUCCCGACAAAAUAAACAACCAAAACCAAAACACCCUUGCCUUCCACUGCGACCUCUACGACACAGAGCUAGUCCACAAAAUCUCCCAAACCUUCCUCCCCGGCCUCGCCACCGCCUGCGUCGACAACACAACCGGAGACAUCUUCCGAAGCCCCGGCUCCGUAGCCGCAGACAUCCGCAAAGAAAUGAUCGAAUACUUAACUCAGAGAAGCGAAACCUUCGUAGCUGAACACACCCUCCUCCUCCAAGGAAGCGCAGAAACCGAACCUUCCCACGAUCCUUUCGACAUAAUCUCCGACUUCAUCGACGACUUCGCCACUUCCAAAAGAAACCUCUUCGGCCGCGUCUCUGGCUGGCUUCUCAGUGAACGAAGAGAAGACAACAUUGAUGAUUUCGCUCAGGAGAUGGAGAUUAGCGGCUUCUGGUUAAACGAUCAUAUACAGGGACUAGCGCAGACGCUGCUUAAGAACGUGGAUUUUAGAAACAGUUCGCAUUGUGAGAUGAGGUUUGGGACGGAGAGGGAGCUUGUGGAGCACGGUUUAGAUUGUGGUUAUAGAGAGAUGAACUGUGGGAACGAAGGUUGUAAUGCUGUGUUCUGCGCGAAGCAGAGGGAGAGUCAUGAUUCCGUUUGUCCGUUUAAGAUGGUGACGUGUGAGCAGAGCUGUGGAGAGAGUAUCAUGAGGCGGGAGAUGGAUAGGCAUUGUAUUACUGUGUGUCCUAUGAAGCUUGUGAACUGUGCGUUUCGUGCGGUUGGGUGUUUGGUUGAUGUGCGUCAGUGUGAGAUUCAGCGGCAUGGUUUGGAUAGUUUGAGGGAGCAUUUGGUGUGUGUUUUGAAGAGUAUUUAUAAGGAAGCUUCUGAGGAUGAUCUUAGACCAAGAGCUGAAGAGAUACAGCAGUUGUCUACUAGGUUAUCUGAAGCGAGGAAUGCAAGAGCUUUGACGAAUCUUGUUAAGGAGAUUGAUGCAAAGCUGGGGCCUUUGGAAAUCAAACCAAAGAGUAUUAGUACUGUUUUAGAGUCUGAUAAACCUGAAAGUACAGAGAAGAAAGCUUUAGAAGAAGCUGAGAUCAAAGGAAAAGAAGAAGUGGUUUCAAGAGAAGCAGAUGGGGAACUAAAAGUUUCUGAAGCUGAGAUAGCAGAGAAUGUUAACGAAGAAGGGGAAGUAAAAGCUCGAAAGCUUUUGGAAAUAGGCGAGUUCAUCAAAGAAGGAGACAACAGCUCUGCAGCUGAUUUGUCAGAGAGAACAGAAACCAAAGCUCCGGAAGUUGUGGUCAUGGAUGAAGAUAAAGAAGAAGAGACAAAACAGUCAAUAACAAAUGAAACCAGAGGUUUAGAGACUGAAGUCAAUGACGUGAAUGAUGAAGAGAAUAGAGAGACGAAGGAAUCAGCUGAAACUAAAAACGAAGCACCCUCAAGGAUAGUCAUGGACAAGGAGGAGGAUGAAGAGGGAGCAGAGACAAUCAACUUAAGUGCUCGUGCUUCUGCUGCAGAUAGAAAGGAGGAAGAGAGUGCAGAGACAAAACAGUUAAGAGCAGAUGAAACCAGAGGUUUAGAGACUGAAGUCAAUGACGUGCUUGAUGAAGAGUAUAAAGAGACAAAGAAAUCUGAUGAAACCAAAAAUGAAGCACCGUCAAGAGUAGUCAUGGACAAAGAGGAGAAUGAAGAGGGAACAGAGACAAUCAACUCAAGUGCUCGUGCUUCUGCUGAAGCUGAUGAUAGAGAGGAGUAUGAGAAUGCAGAGACAAAGCAGACAAUAACAAAUGAAACCAGAGGUUUAGAGACUGAAGUCAAUGAGGUGAUCGAUGAAGAGAAUAGAGAGACAGAGAAAUCAGAUGAAACCAAAAGCGAAGCACCCACAACAAUAGUCAUGGACAAGAAGGAGAAUGAAGGAGCAGAGACAAUCAACUCAAGGCCUCAUGCUUCUGCUUCUGAUGAAGCUGAAGCAUUGUCAAAGAGCUCAGAAGGUUUCUCUAAAUCACAAGCUGAAACCGAACCAAAUUUGUCUUGA